UUGGAAAAGAUCUGGUUACUUGUUUCUCUCGCGAGAUCUGACAACACUGCGCGCGAACCAAACACGGCGAGGAUAAAGCAAGAUGGCGUCUGACGCUGAGAACGUUAUUGCAGUCGUCACAGUUCAGUGUUCUUAAUCUGUGCCUCCAUGUACACAUACAUGUCCUUUAUUAGACUCUAUUAAAUAGAGUAAACAUCGUUAAUACCUGUUUGCAUCCGGUUAUAUUAGUCUGAGCUUCUCGAACUAGCUUAGCUUGCCAGUUAGCAUAGCAUGUUAGCUGCUCCCAAAGAGAGGCAGAAGUGAUCAAAACACAUCGCUAAGCAGAGAUUAAGUGUGAGUGUAAAGUGUUGUGAUUGUGUGAAAAUGUGCGAAAGAAUGAUAGCAGAGUACGAGGAGGAACUUUGUCCAACAAAAGAGGAGAAGGAGCGACAACAAAAACAUCAAGUUGUGUUACACAGAACAGACAUCCAUCAGCUGAUUGGGCACCAAGAAGAAUGUCUCCCUCAUCUGCAGGGGGACAGUUUGACUUUAAAAGAUCCAAAGCCCUCACAUUUUAAAGGGGAGAAAGAGGAUCCACAGACCCCCUAUUUUAAAGAGGAAGAGGAGGGAGAGUGUCCUGUAGGGCAGGAGGAGGCUGAUCUCAGCAAGUUUCCACUGACUGUUGUCUCUGUGAAGACUGAAGAGCAUGAAGACAAACCACCUGAGUCCUCACAGCUUCAUCACAGUCCAAAUGUUCAGCAUCCCCCCCAUAUUAAAGAGGAAGAGGAUGAUCAACAGUUCCCUCACAUUAAAGAGGAAGAGGAGGAAGUGUGGAUCACUCAGGAGGAAGAGUGUCUUCUAGGGCAGGAGGAGGCUGAUCUCAGCAAGUUUCCACUGACUGUUGUCUCUGUGAAGACUGAAGAGCAUGAAGACAAACCACCUGAGUCCUCACAGCUUCAUCACAGUCCAAACGUCUGUGAGGAACAACUUCUGCCUGAAAAACAGGAGUGUAGCUUCAGGAUGGUGAAGGAGGAUCCAUCAACGAAGAAGACCAGGUGCCAUGGACCCUCUGGCGUCUCCUGUGAAGGUGAUGAGGUCAAAGGUGAAAGUGAGGAGAAAAGAGAGGCGGAGCCUCCAAGCAGCAGCUCAACACAACACAUGACAACAGAAGCUGAUGGAGACCACUGUGGAGGAUCACAAGCAGACAAGCUCUUAGCUCCACUAUCAAAUAGUGAGGACACAAUGUCACACUCUCCUGACACUGAUGAUGAAGACUCUAAAGAUGAUAAGACAUGUCACACUGACAAAACUCACUUCACAUGUUCUCUCUGUGACAAAACCUUUCAAUACCAUAGUUAUCUGAAAAGACACAUGAGAAGACACACUGGAGAAAAACCUUUUUCUUGCUCAGUAUGUGGUAAAGGUUUUGUACUUAGUCAUAAUUUGAAAUUACACUUGAGAACACACACUGGAGAAAAACCUUUUAUCUGUUCAAUAUGUGGUAAAGGUUUUACACACAGUCAGAGUUUGAAAAAACACACAAUGUCACACACUGGAGAAAAAUAUUUUAUAUGUUUAAUCUGUAGUAAAAGGUUUGUACAAAGUAACAAUUUGAAAGUACACAUGAGAACACACAGUGAUGAAAAACCUUUUUCCUGUUCAACCUGUGGUAAAGCUUUUAAAGAAAGUCAAAUUUUAAAAAGACACAAGAGAACACACACUGGUGAAAAAUCCCAUUCCUGUUCAAUCUGCAACAGAAGCUUUUGUGAACGAUCAAAUCUUGUUAGACACAUGAGAACACACCCAGGGGAGAAAGUGUUGAGUUGCAGUGUGUGUGGUGAAAGAUUCUCUUAUAAGUACCAGUGUAAGAAACACAAGUGUGCUGGUGAGAACAGCAGCAGCAAAUGAAACUGCAGGAUUUGAAAUAAACUGUCAAUACUUUAAUUUUGACUUUCAAACCACAUCAGCACAUACAACAUGUGUGACAUUGUUGUUUGUAUAACAAUCUUGUUAACAUGCUUUUUUAUUUAUACACUGUUUUUUUUUCUUCAAACCAUUACAUGCAUUAAUAUGCAACAUUGUGUACUUUUAUUAAAAAUGGAACAGAACAAUCUGAAAAGGUGAGAGUAAACAGUACAAGUCAUAUUUUACAUACAGUAAACAUUUUAUGUGUAUAUACAGUAUAUAUUCAUCAGACAAUUUUAGACUUAUUCUAUUCUGUUUUUAUAGGUGUUUGAAAUAUUGAAUACUUGUAAUUGAUCCCAUAGAUUAGCACCGUUACAUGCAUAUGUACUGGUUCACAUCUGAAGCAUCUGGACCACUUCAUGAAGCAUAUUAUUAUUUACUUUAUAAAUCAUUUGAACAGUUGUCUUUUAUAUAAUUUUAAAAUGUGUGACUUUAUGAAUCAUUUGUUGGGUCUCUAUAAUCCAUUUAAUAAAUGAUCUUUAGUACUCUCUUUUGUAAUAUGAUGAUUGUGUUUUGAUUGUUUUAUAUGUAUGUCCUGAGACCUUCAUGCAAUAUAAAAGUGAGAGAAAAUGGCUGAAUUGUUUGUGGAAGGAUGGUUUUGUUUUUACAAACUUACAUUUGUGGAUGAAACAAAAAUUAACAUUAUUGUGUUUUAAAAAUUGUGUACAUUUCUUUUCUUUUUUAACAUCCCCAAAACAUCAAUUUCAAAAAACAAGUUUAGAGUGUCAGGCACAAGCCAAUAUUGUACAUCAUCCCACAGAUUUUUACUUUGCAUACGUUCAUGAAAUAAACUGUUUAUUUUGUUUCCCUA